AUGCCCCUCAAGCAUAGCCCCUCGGUGGACCUUGAGAAGCUGGCCUUGGAGCACAUCGCGCCCCGCCUGCGUUCAGCUGGCUACUGUUACCUGGACAACAUCUUGGGAGAGGAGUUGGGGGAUCAGGUCCUGGCCCAGGUCAGACACCUGCACCAGGAAGGGGCCCUGAAGGAUGGCCAGCUAGCGGGGAACCUCCGAGGCGUCUCCAAGAAGCACCUUCGGGGGGACAAGAUCGCCUGGAUCGCCGGAACCGAAGAGGGAUGUGAGGCCAUCGGGCUGGUCCUCUCGGUGAUCGACCGGCUGGUGGUGUUGUGUGGAAACCAUCUGGGCCAGUACUAUGUGAAGGAGAGGUCCAAGGCAAUGGUAGCUUGUUAUCCAGGCAAUGGGGCUGGCUAUGUGCGACAUGUAGAUAAUCCAACACAAGAUGGACGCUGCAUUACUUGUAUCUAUUACCUCAACAAGAACUGGGAUGCAAAGGUUCAUGGGGGAAUUCUGCGAAUUUUCCCUGAUGGCGGCUCAGAGGUGGCAGAUGUGGAGCCACUCUUUGACCGACUGCUUUUUUUCUGGUCUGACCGUCGCAAUCCACAUGAGGUUCAACCUUCCUAUGCCAUCAGGUAUGCUUUGACAGUCUGGUAUUUUGACGCCAAAGAGCGAGCAGCUGCUAAACAGAGGUUCAAAAGAUUAAGUGAAUCCAGGCAGGAUCCUGCUUCGAAGGACAGCUGA